UGUUACCACUGUUGAAUGCUGCCGCGCCGUGUUCAUGCUUCUUGGCCUGCGUCGCGUCGUUCCGUUGCAGCGAUCAGCGGCGGCAUUGCUAGGAGCUUGACUUUUACGCGUGCGCUGCGCGUAAGCUCUCUUUGAGCAAACGACCCCUCUCUGUUGCUCCCCCCGUUCCAUUUUCUUGCUUUUUUUUUCUUUUCUAUUUUUAUUUUAUUUUAUUUUUAUUUCCUUUUCCCUCCUGUCCUUGUCCCGCAGGUCAAUAGCCUCGUCGGCUCUUGUACGCGCCGCGUGCAACAGACCUGAUAGACUCCAAGGCAGAGAAACCCGCGCGGGCCUCUUUUCUCUGCUACUACACCUUGAAAACCUCAUCUGAUAUCUUCCGGCUGCGUUUUAUAUCAACCAAAGAAACGAAAAGAAGAAGACGAGCUUGUUACUGACCUUCGCGUGCGCUAUCCUCAGAUCAUGCAGCAGUGGCAAGUCGGCCCCGUGCCGGACUACGUCUACUCCAACUCCCCCCACCCGUCCAACGACAUGCAUAACCAUCCUUACCCGGCCGAUAUGGCUCGCCGCAACGAAGCUCGUAUGGAUUUCCCCUACGGCGCUCAGCCUAACAUGGCUGCCCAGCAGCAACACCACCCAGCGCCCGUCCAGCCGCCCAUGAACGUAUCGCAGCAGCCACCAAACGGCCCUCCUUCGCAGCAGCAGACGCCGACCCAGCCCGCCGCCCAGCCGCCCAGCGCCCGUUCACGGAAGCGCCCGGCCCAGAACGCGGCGCCUUCACCCGCCACGGCCGCCGCUCCACCUCCCGUGGCCCCGGCCCAGGGUCAACCACCUGCGCCCACGCCGCCCGCUCCCCAGGCUGCUCCUCCUGCCCAACCCCAGGCUGCCGCGACCGAGGACGCAAACUCCAACGCCGCCGCGUCGGGGCCUCCCGCCAAGAAGAGCCGGACGAAUACGCCUUGGACUCCCCAGGAGGAACUCCGCCUCAAGCAGAUGCGGGACGCCGGAAACAGCUGGGCCGAGAUUGCAAAGACCUUUCCCACUAGAACGGAGGGCUCCGUUAAGAAGCAUUGGUACAAGGACAUGCACUAUGCCGAGUUCGCGGAAGACGAAGUAAGUAGAUCCUCUACUGCCAAGGUUGAUGCGUCAUUGAUUGAUCAGUCUGUUCAGAGUCAGGCACUGUUGAAUGCUAUCAAGGAAUAUGAGAACAACAAGUGGAAGGUAAUUGGGCAGAAGGUGGGAAAGCCAGCCAAGGCUUGUGAGCAGUACGCAAAGGAGCAUUUUCCAGCCCGGGCAAAGCUCCUGGUGGGCCCGCUCGACGACUGUAGUCUACUCGCUCGCAUGUCGUCUCGCCAUGACAAGGCCCUGGCCCCGGGGCAAACCGCCGCUAUGGAAGAGGAUGGAACCAGUUUUCGUUGA